UAGCUUCACGCAGGUUUCCGCGUGUUGAUACUGAAGAGAGAGGUCCGAGGAGAAACAAGUUUUCGCAUCUCAGAGACCCAAAUUCAGGCCGAAACCAGAGGAAAAUGGACAUGAAGAAGAGGGUCUCCUUAGAGCUGAGGCACCGGUCGCCGACAGAAGUCCAGGAGCUGGUGCUGGACAACUGUCGCUCCGGAGAAGGGAAGAUUGAAGGAAUCACAGAAGAGUUCUCCAACCUGGAGCUGCUCAGCCUCAUCAACGUGGGCCUCACCAGCGUGGGAGACAUCCCCAAGCUGGACAAGCUCAAGAAGUUGGAGUUGAGUGACAACCGUAUCUCCGGCGGUCUGGAGGUUCUGGCCGAGCGGCUGGUCAGCCUGACGCACCUCAACCUGAGCGGAAACAAGUUCAAAGACAUCAGCACCCUGGAGCCGCUGAAAAAGCUCCCCCAGCUGAAGAGCCUCGACCUCUUCAACUGCGAGGUCACCAACCUGGCCGACUACCGCGAGUCCAUCUUUAAGCUCCUCCCACAGCUCACCUACCUGGACGGGUACGACAUCGACGACUGCGAGGCGUCCGACUCCGAUGGCGAGGGGGACGGCGUGGAGGACGAAGAGGGGCUGGAGGGCGAGUCGGAGGAGGAGGAAGACGAGGAGGACAUCGUGGCCGAAGAGGAGGACGACGAUGACGAUAGUAACGAGGAGGAGGACGGGGAGGUGAACGGAGACGUGGACAGCGAGGACGACGAUGAGGAAGAUGACGACGAUGACGACGAGGACUCGUCUCCGGCCAAAGGAGAGAAGAGGAAGAGGGACCCUGAAGACGAGGAGGAGGAGGGUGAAGAUGAUGAUUAAGGACCCUCAAACCCCCCAUAACCCCCCUCUGACCUCUCAUCCGUUGACCCUCCUCCCCCGCCUCCUGGGCUGCGUUCCAUUUCGUGGAGGCGGUCUCCUCCCACCGAGCUGUCGUCUCCUGCAGAUCAAACUCACAUCUACUUCUGUUUUUUAAUAUAAUUAAUAUACACCCCCCAUUCCCGUGACUCGUAGGUCUCGACGUUCGCUUGUUGGCCGUAACUUUUGUUUUUCUCGGAGCGAGGUGAUCGAAUAUUUUAGUUUUUCAGCGCGAGAAGAAAGAAAAACCAUAAAGAGAAUCGACAAAUGCCCAUUCCCGAAGCAGGAGCCGUGUGGUUCCUUUUGGGAGUCAGUGGAGUGUUAAUAUUCAGCCGGUGAUCAAUAAGUCUGACCCAUCGGGACUCACAAUACAUUUUAGUUUUACUGAAACUUCUUAAAGUUAUGGAUUCUGGCUUUGGUGAUCCUGACUCUUUUUUUUUUUUUAGAUCACAACUAAUUAAAACUAAUAUUAAUUCUCAAUAUUAAAUGUUUCUCAUGACGAUGGAAUGAAUAAUUUUUCGUUAAAACGACAGUUUGAGUCUGCAGAAGGAGCCGGAACAAGAGGCUCGUUGGAGACCCCCCCCCCCCCCCUCUGACAUCACAGCUCUGGGACGAAGCCAGCAGCUGUGACAUCAUGAUGGGCUCUGUGAUGUCAUCAACAGACCCCCCCCCCCCUCUUUUUCCCAAGGCCGAGCGCGCUCAGGGCAAACUGUGUUCUCUCUUUUUUGCCAACAGAGCUUUUUAAAAGAAAUAUUUUUUCAGAGAAAUUGUUUUUGUUUCAUUUUGUAUGGUUGUCUGUGGAAUCUCUCUCUUUACCUCCAUCUCUCUCUCUCAUGUCUCUUUCUGCUCAGAGAGAUCCAGUCGAUCCUCCACACUGACUUGGUGACGUUGUGUUUUCUUUUCUUUUUUUUUACUUUCUGUAAUUUAAAGGAAAAACAAAACAAAAAAACACACACACAAAAAGGACUUUGUAAAUAAAAUCUUAACAUUUUG